GCGAAGGAAGGCAGGGACACCAGGGGAGGUCUGACGACACGAUCCACACAUACUGGGACUUAUAUUACAUGCAUAGGCUGACAGAUCAAUGCGAGCACGCCGUCUGCGCCUGGCUGUGAUUUACUGGAGGAACGUCAAGACUUAGAGCCAGGUUGUCACCCUGCAACAGACGUGUGCAACUUUGCCCCGGCAGGAGGUUUGAAAACUUAAAGGAGCUCUGCAGCCAACAGCAUGUGCCUAUGUGUGAUUGUAAGCGAGUGAAGAGAACAAGCUGACUAUGCUCUGCAGUAGUUUUCCACACUGGAGGUCCAAUGUGAGGAUGGAUGACACAUGUUCCACGUCAACGGUGUUCCUCACCGUCUUCUGAUCGUGGUACAAGGGAACCAACUGGCUCAAAUACUGCACAUACUGAUCAACAGAGGAGGGGACACAGCACAAGGACUUUAAUCACUUACAGCCUUUCCCCCAGGCUGCUAUGAUGUUGUGGUGCAAGUUCGGCUGCCACUUGCUCUCGUUGGCAGCCCUUCUGGUUAUCGUGAGCUGCGGAGGAGGAGAGCAGAGGAAAGGAGCAGACAGCAGCGCCAGCAGCACAGGACAGGGCAGCACAGGUGGCAGCAGCAGCAGCAGCAGCAGCAGUAGUAGUAGUAGUAAUAGCGGAGGAAGCAGUAGCAAUUAUAGUAGCAGACGUUACCAUAAGAUCCAGCAAGGCCAGUGCACCUACACGUUCAUCUUACCUGAGGGAGAGGGCAGUGGAGGAGGCUCCUGCAGGGAUGCAAAAGCCAGCAGCACCCAGUACAAUGCCAACGCUCUCCAGAGAGACGCUCCUCCGCUCGAGGUGGACUUCUCCAACCAGAAGAUCCAGCAGCUUGAGCACAUUAUGGAGAAUUACACCCAGUGGCUGCAGAAGAUUGAGAACUACAUCAAAGAGAGUAUGAAAACAGAAAUGGUUCAGCUGCAGCAGAGUGCCGUCCACAACCACACGGCAGCCAUGCUGGAAAUGGGCACCAACCUCCUCUCUCAGACAGCUGAGCAGACGCGCAAGCUGACCGACGUUGAGACGCAGGUUCUAAAUCAGACAUCCCGGCUUGAGAUCCAACUGCUGGAAAACUCUCUCUCCACAAACAAGUUGGAGAAACAGCUAAUGAUCCAGACCAAUGAGAUCAGCAAGCUCCAUGACAAGAACGGCCUCCUGGAGCAGAAGAUGUUGGAGAUGGAGGUGCGACACCGUGAGGAGCUGGAGACACUGAAGCAGGAGAAGGGGAGCCUCCAGGCCCUGGUGGGGCGGCAGAGCGGGGUGAUCAGGGAGCUCGAAGCCCAGCUGAGCCGGGCCACAGGGAACAGCACGGCCCUGCAAAGACAGCAGCAGGAGAUGAUGGAUACUGUCCACAACCUGCUCAACCUCUGCUCCAAAGAUGGAGUGGUGCCAAACAGUACAAAGACGGCGGAUGAAGAAAAGAAGUUUCGCGAUUGUGCCGACCUCUACCAGGCUGGCCUCCGCAAGAACGGCGUCUACACCAUCCACAUCAGCCCCCAGGAGACCAAAAAGGUCUACUGCAACAUGGAAACAGCCGGCGGUGGGUGGACAGUCAUCCAACGCAGAGAAGACGGCAGCGUCGACUUCCAGAGAACGUGGAAGGAGUACAAGAUGGGCUUUGGGACCGUGUCGGCAGAGCAUUGGUUAGGGAAUGAGUACGUCUACCUGUUGACCAGCCAGAGGCAGUACGCCCUGCGUGUAGAGCUGACCGACUGGGAUGGACACCAGGCCUUCUCACUCUACGACCGCUUCCAUAUCGGCAGUGAGAAACACAACUACAGGCUGUUCCUGAAGAGCCACAGUGGGACUGCAGGCAGACAGAGCAGUCUGGUAAUCCAUGGAGCAGACUUCAGCACCAAGGACAUGGACAACGACAACUGCAUGUGCAAGUGUGCCCUCAUGCUCACUGGGGGUUGGUGGUUCGAUGCCUGUGGCCCGUCCAACCUCAAUGGCAUGUACUUCACCCAAGGGCAACACGUGGGGAAGCUGAACGGUAUCAAGUGGCACUACUUCAAGGGCCCCAGCUACUCGCUACGAGCCACGGCCAUGAUGAUCCGCCCACUGGACUUCUCCUAGGCCUCUGAACUUCCCAACUUUAAAUUUCCAAAAGGCUACGUAACACUUUGGAGGGCCGCUUCCCGCUUCAUACUGUCGUCUCAUCUCAUUUCACAGACCAUGGGAAUCAUCUGAUAAAUCUUUUAGUCAACUUAUCUCUGACCCAGAGCAACUGUUACCAUUACCCUCAGAUCCAAGCUGUGACUCUUAACAUGCUGCUGUUGCUAAGUAACCUUUUUGCCUGACUGUACUGAAAAGCAGCUUUGGGGAUGAAGAGAGAGCAAGGUAUGAUUCAAAUGAACUGACUGCUGCACCAAAUACACAACAUAUUUAAGGACAUUUGAACUGAAGUGUCUUGCCAAUGAAGUCGAAAUGUUUCACUCUGUCGUGUCAGAGGGAUAAAGAUCGUCAACGUUGUAUGAAGUUGUACGAAGGCGCAAAAAGUCAAGCCGCUAUUUUUCCAUUUCCCCUGCGACCCAUGUUCUGCAGGACUUGAACCUCUCUGUUCCCGUCUGAAUGGAAAGCAGCUAUCACAGGGCAGCACAGACUCUUUAAAACUGCAAGACUCUGUAUGAACUUGUUCUAUGAAGAGGAGUGGGAGAUGUGGCUUUUUGCAUUAAAAUGUUUUUCUCCACAUGCAAAACGUAAACCUGUUGAUUGUAUAAUAUAUUUUGUAUUUGUAUUAUUUUUGUUAUUCCCAUUGUAUACAAUACUCGUAGUGGGUGAAAUUCUAUACAUUAAAGUGUCUUUUGUAUAUAUUUCUGUCUGCAUAAUGUAUUAAACACAUGCUCAGCUGUAAGGUGACCUACUAAAGUAAGAGUUGAAAUGGAGUUUGCAAUCCGUCUAGUCAUAGUUUCGAGGGUCACUUGAAGUAUUUGUUGGCACUUACAUACUUGCUGUCUUGCCAGAGUGUGAUUAUUUUCAAAGUUCAAGAUGCAGCAUUAUUACUGGAUUAGAUCCUGCAGUGGGAUUUAUCUGCGUUUGUUAUUGGCUGAUAAAUUGCUAAUACCUGCCAAGGUCUAAAUUUUCAGCGAUCACCUUACGUCUUGUAGAUAUGAAAAAUGAGAACAAUAAUACAAAUGCAUGUAAUCAUAGUCAGCUGUGUGUACGAGUGAAACUGAGAAUGCACAUUUUUGUGUAUUCAAUACCAGCUGCAAGAAACACAAAUCAUGAAAAAUACACAGCACUUCACCCUGGGAGUGAAGAGAUUUAAUCCUGAGUGAAAUGAUGAAGUAAUUCCUCCACAGUAUCAGUGAGAUAUAAAUAUAUUUGUCUUGUGCCGAUGUUCCACGUGUACAAAAUUUUGACAGAUUGAGACUAUUUCAUUUCUGGUUCUAGAGCACAUUAUGGAGUCAAGUCAAUCAUUUUUUGUAUUAUUAUUAUUUUCUAACCUCCGACCAAAAGGCAAGAGCGGAUCAUUAAGAUGAGUUAUGUCCAAUUAUUGUCUCAUUGUGUAUAGACAACCACAUCACAUACCCUAAAAAUCCAGUUGGUUUCUGUGUCUCAUCAAUGCAGCUUAGAAAAAAAAGGAGCUGGAGUUGGAGAUGAAGCAUGAAGCAUGAAAUUAAUGAUUACACCAAGUGAUCCAUGGAUAUUGCAUAACUCACAGCUUCUAAAAAAAGCAAAGACUGUACUGGGGAAUAAUUACUAAAGGUCUAUGUGGCGUGAGUACAAAGUGUAUAUGGAACUUGUAAAACUAAAAAAUGACAUGUUUAUUAGCAUACUAAAAUUGUAUAAUUUAAUGUGUGUACAUUUAAAACAGCUUUCCUGAGGAAAGCUGUUCUUUUUUUUCUGUUUUGUAUUUCAGCAGAACUACAACGGUGUUUUGAAGUUGAGCAUAAAAUAUAGAAGUACAGAUAAUAACCCUGAAGAAAUGUGCCUUUGAUAACUCUGCUUUUACCUCAUUCAAUUUUAGAUUUGCAGAUUUAUUUAAACGUCUUUUGUAACAUGUGGUCAAUGUUGUGUUGUUAGAUUAAAUAAA